CAACGACACACCAAGACAGACGACUCCACUCCUUUUUUUUUUUCCUAAUAUUCUUUUUUUAUUAAUCAAAAACAGAGUCAUUUCAUCAUUUCACGCUUUUCUUUCUUCUUUCAUUAAACACUCUUCCAAGUUUUCAACACACAGAUGCGCGACUUUCUUCUUCUUCCUCCUCACUCAUGAAUAAUAAGAGCAUCAAGACAAAGACCAAAGCUCCCGUUUUCUUUUCCUGAUCUUUUCCUUUGCACUUAUGUUCUGUAGUUUCUAGCGAAUUUAGAUAUGAUGGUGAGUAGGUUAGUUUUCUCAAUUUUCCUUUGGAACUGUCUCUCGUUCCUGCUCCUCUCUAGCUUCAUCGAUGCAAGUGAAGCCGACGUGAACUGCUUGAGGACCAUAAAAUCUCAAGUUGAGGAUCCAAAUGGAUAUCUAUUGAGUUGGGUAUUUGGCAACAACAACACUGCAGGUUUCAUCUGCAAGUUCACUGGUGUGACUUGCUGGCACGAUGAUGAGAAUAGAGUCUUGAGCAUCAAGCUUUCUGGUUUUGGUCUCAGAGGUGAGUUUCCUCAUGGGAUCAAGAAUUGUACUGAUCUCACAGGUCUUGAGCUUUCAGGGAACAAAUUCUCUGGACCUUUACCGACCAACAUAAGCUUGUUGAUUCCGUCUGUUACAACUCUAGACCUUUCAGACAACAGCUUCUCUGGUGAAAUCCCUGUCAGUAUCUCAAACAUUACGUUUUUGAACACUCUUAUGCUCCAGAGUAACCAGUUCACGGGUAGUAUUCCUCCACAGCUGGGGCAACUCGGACGGCUCAAGAAGUUAUCUGUGGCUAACAAUCGUCUCUCAGGUCCUAUCCCAGUUUUCAAUGAAACCAUCUUGAAACUUGGAGUUGGUGACGUUGCUAAUAACGCUGGUUUGUGUGGUAAGCCUCUGGAUGCGUGCGAGGGUUCUAGUGGCUCUCGUGUUAAAGUUAUUGUUAUAGCAGCGGUUGGUGGACUUGUUGGAGCAGCGUUAGUUGUUGGGGUUGUUCUGUUCUUCUACUUCCGUAGAUUAGCUCUUGUGAGGAAGAAGUUGCAGGAUGAUCCUGAAGAUAAUAGAUGGGCUAGGAUCUUGAAAGAACAGAAAGGCGUUAAGGUAUUCAUGUUUAAGUCAGUUUCAAAGAUGAAGCUAAGCGAUCUAAUGAAAGCAACAGAGGAGUUCAAGAAAGAUAACGUAAUUGGAAAAGGAAGAACAGGAACUAUGUACAAAGGAGUGCUCGAAGACGGGACUCCACUUAUGGUAAAGAGGCUGCAAGAUUCACAACACUCUGAGAAAGAGCUUGAUUCAGAGAUGAAGACCUUAGGAUCUGUUAAACACAGAAACUUAGUCCCUCUCUUGGGCUAUUGUAUUGCCAAGAAGGAGAGGCUACUCAUAUACGAGUACAUGCCCAACGGUUACCUUUAUGAUCAGUUACAUCCUCAAGAUGAAGAGUCCUUCAAGCCUAUGGACUGGCCCACAAGGCUGAAAAUCGCUACGGGGGCAGCAAAAGGACUAGCGUGGCUUCACCAUAGCUGCAACCCGAGGAUCAUCCAUCGCAACAUAAGCUCGAAAUGUAUAUUGUUGACUGCAGAUUACGAGCCUAAGAUCUCCGAUUUUGGUCUAGCUAGGCUGAUGAAUCCCAUUGAUACACACUUAAGCACAUUUGUCAAUGGAGAGUUUGGUGAUUUUGGUUAUGUUGCUCCGGAGUAUUCAAGAACCAUGGUGGCAACUCCAAAAGGAGAUGUGUACAGCUUCGGUGUUGUGCUUCUAGAGCUAGUAACGGGUCAAAAGGCAACGAGUGUGACAACAGGAUCCGAAGGAGACGAGGAGGAAGAGAGCUUUAAAGGUAACCUUGUGGAAUGGAUUACAAAGCUAUCGAGUGAGUCAAAACUGCAGGAAGCGAUUGAUAGGUCUUUGGUUGGGAAGGGUGUGAAUGAUGAGAUCUUCAAAGUGCUUAAAGUAGCAUGCAACUGUGUUUUACCGGAAGUAGCAAAGCAGAGGCCUACCAUGUUUGAGGUGUAUCAGUUUCUGAGAGCCAUUGGAGAGAGGUACAACUUCACUACCGAAGAUGAUAUCUUAGUUCCGUCUGAAUCAGGAGAAACUGAUUUCAUUGAAGAGCUCAUAGUUCGCUGAUGAAAGAGGAAGGGGUAAGACUAGCAGUCCCACGAUAUAUACAUAUAUGUAUAAAUAUUGUUAUUUCUCGUUGAUGGUGUGUGGUUGUAAUAUAAGACACAGUUAGAUGUACUCUCUGUUAUUACUACACUGAGCUUUGGGUGUUUUCAGAACAGUCACUGGUUUGGUCUUGUCACUACAUGUUUGCUAUUCUUUCAAAUUUUUGCGGCACUAUUCAAUUUGCUUGAAAUGAUUUACACUCG